GGUUGGCUGUAAUCACAAGAUAAAUGCAAUGUGCUGAUCUAUGGUAAUGUUCAAUAAUACAUUCUCCGCCAGGCUUGAUUCAUCAGGGAGUUUCAGUAGGGGAGGUAUUUGUUAUUGGCUGUCUCUGCACCUCAAGGAUAACAUUUCUGUCCUUUUGAUUGGCUGCCUCGCUGCUGCAAGAUUCUAACCGUCUUAUUUUGAUGAUGAAUAUGAAGGCGCGCUAAGCCGGCUUGGAGCGGAGUGUCUCAGAAGCUGUGCUCCGUUCAGAGCCCAAGGACUUGCGGCUUCCUCCGCUUGCCUCGCUGUGCCAACAACCCCCCAAAAGUUGUGAUGCUUUUCUUUACACAGUGCUUUGGGGCUGUGUUGGAUCUCAUUCACCUCCGGUUUCAGCACUACAAGGCUAAGCGGGUUUUCUCUGCGGCUGGGCAGCUUGUCUGUGUGGUGAACCCCACGCACAACCUAAAGUAUGUGUCCAGCAGACGGGCCAUCACUCAGAACUCCGCCGAGCACGGCAGCUUCCACCCGCACCAUCUUCCCCACCACCACCGCCACCACUGUCACCACAGCCACCUGUGCCACCAUGCCCGUCCCCGCCACCUACACCACCAGGAGGCCGGGCUGCACAGCGCUCAGGUGACACCCUGCACAUGCCCACUGUUCUCCUGCCCGUGGGAGGGCCACCUGGAGGUGGUGGUUCCUCACCUGCGGCAGAUCCACAGGAUUGACAUCCUGCAGGGGGCAGAGAUCGUGUUCCUGGCCACAGACAUGCACCUCCCUGCGCCGGCCGACUGGAUCAUCAUGCACUCCUGCCUCGGCCACCACUUCCUGCUGGUGCUCAGGAAACAGGAACGGCAUGAAGGGCACCCUCAGUUCUUUGCUACCAUGAUGUUGAUUGGGACCCCGACCCAGGCCGACUGCUUCACCUAUCGCCUGGAGCUCAACAGAAACCACAGGCGUCUCAAAUGGGAGGCCACCCCGAGAUCCGUCCUGGAGUGUGUGGACUCAGUCAUCACCGAUGGGGACUGCCUGGUUCUCAACACCUCACUGGCCCAGCUCUUCUCUGACAACGGCAGCCUCGCCAUCGGAAUUGCCAUCACCGCCACAGAGGUCCGUGCCACAGAUGUGGAGAUGUGAGACGCGAGGGAGUCACUGGAUAGCCAUCGCUGCCUGUGCGCCUCCAGUCUCCAGAUGUCAGGACCUUUUUAUUCCCCCUUCCUUCCUUUCUUUCUUUUUCGUCUCAGGUAAUUUGUGGUGUUAGUAUUCGUCUGCCACGGGCAUUAUACUAUGUAAACAUCUGUGGUUUGAGGUCUUGGUGUGGUAUCUGUCCUGUGUUGUUGGUAAAGUUUUGUAGAACCUUUGGGAGAGUCUGCCAGGAUAGUUAUUCCCUGAGAACACCACUAUUACAGAGAAGCAGAGUGCUGGGAGUUAAAGGGAGGCUGGGCUUCCAAACAGCACCUUCUUCUUCUCUUCAGGCUGUUUUAGGUAGAGCCUAAUUUGUCAUGAGGGAGGCCGUGUGUCCGGGGAGAAGACCCAGGCAGCAGUGACCGACAUCUUUCCAGGAGCCUUGGGGUCAAAGCCAAGCUGCAUGAACAUGAGACAGUGUCUCCUCCACACACCCUGGAGGCAACCUUUGUGUUAGAAGCACUCACCCACUCCUGGGCUGGAGACAGUGGUCAGAUUAAAAACGCUCUUUUUUAUUUUCAGGUUCUCCUGGCCUUAUUCCCUGGCUGUGCCAUUUCCUUUUGCUUUGCUAUUAAAACCCAGAGGUUCUCAGUGCUUUUCUGAACAGCAUCUUGCCUCUGCUGAGAAGCAGGCUAGGUAAGAUGCAGGAGAAAAGCAGCCGAAGAGAAGGUAUCAAAUUAACCUCUCACCUCCGGGAGGGAAGGCGCUCCUGCCUCAAAGAGACCUUUUAAAUGUAGAAGUUAUAAAUCCAUCAGCCCCCUCACUAGAGUAACACCUUUUUAUAUCAGACAGGGAGCGAGCCGCUCCGUUCUUGAUGGUGUAUAAAUUACACCCAUCAUCAAACAUGGGGACCCCAGAGGGAAGCAACCAGGUCCUCCAGCCCUGAAACACUCUGGGCCACUCUUCACUCUCUAACAUGCUCUAUGACCCUGUUCAGUACAUAAAUAUGGCUGCCGAGGAGUCACUUUGGCAUAUGCAGAAGGAAGCCUCACCCUCCACUCCCCCCUCCCACAGGCUGUGUUCUCUUGUUUGGUUUUUAGAAACAUGCAGCAGCCUCUGGGGGAAGCCUUUCUUACACUCCACCUUCUUUCUGAUCUAACUUGGACACCUUAAAGCCUUCCACUGUGUCCACAACUUCCUUUCCAUCGCAGUCCAGGUGCUAGGGAAAAAUAUGGUAUCUGAAUCCAACACAGCUCUCCACAGGGCUGGGUGGGACUUUCUCCAGCUUGUUCCCUUACCUCAGGCACACCAGCUGGGCCUGGUCAGCCUCCAAGUGAACAUUUAGUUUCAGGCAGACUGUCCUGGCUGGCCAUCAGCAAUCUUGUCUCCACCAAAAUUAGUUCAUCCUAACACACUACCCUUCCCCCGAACUGGGUGAUUUUUCCAGCCACUUUUGCUGUCAACCCACACCUGAAGCAUCAAUUUAUAGAGAUACAGAAACAGUUCUUUCCAAUCUCCCAGUCGUCCUGGGACUCUCAGCCUAGGCUUCCUCUCUAUCUAGGGCCUGAGGAGCACAACCAACUAUGCUCACAGGUGAGCACAAAGAUGAAGCUGUGAGGUGCUAAGCGACAGUUUGGGUCCUGUGGGCUCUGGGAGCUAUCACACAUGCAGCUCUAGGCCGUUGGCACCCAACCGUGGAUGGUUCAGACCCAAGGCUGCAGAGUCAGCCCCGGGAGUCAUCAUCAAGCUCCUUGCCUGCAACCGAGGACCUCCAUAGCUGUCUACAGGCAUCAGAGGCCACAGUUCCUUUCCUGGCUUCCAGUGGUCGUUGUGACCUCAUAGGUGCCCCAACUAUACAAACACACACCACCUCAAGAAGAAUGCAUUUAGAGCUUACAGGCCUCCUGCAACGCUGCCUUUGCCUUUCUACUGAGCCAAACGAGGAGCAACUGCAGGCUGUUUUUAGUGCACACUGUAUUAUGAGUCGAUGAUGCCACACAGAUCGGAACGGGGGCUCCUUGAAAUCUUCAGAAUAAAGGUUAGGAAAUGUGUUCUUUUCCUCCAACUACGGUGCUCCCAAGACGGCUUUUCUCUACAAACUAAUAUUUGAAAAACAGAAGACAAAGUGAAUUGGAAAUGGAAGACAGUAAUAAAAAAAAAGUGUCUGGGUGUUAUUGCUACCAAGAGGCUCUUUCUUUUAGUCUUGAGUAAAUUCCGCAUCACUUUCCUCAAUACACAGGUUCAGAGACGCAUCAUGACCUUCUCAACGUCACACAUCAGACCACAAUUAAAACUCAGCUCUCCCACCCCGGACUCAGUGUUCUCAGUAUAGGAAGGCGAACCCCCCAGUAUUCAGCAGGGUCCUGCUUCAGCAGUGGAUUGGAGACUUGAGAAUAGAUUGUAUUUACCCUAGAAUGAUGGGGAGAAUUUGGAGGGAAAGCCUGGAGUCAAAUCUACUUUUAGUGGCAUCUUGGCAACGGGAAGUAAGCUGGUGCCAGGCGGUGGGAGGGAAGAGGCACGUGGAAGUCUUGGUGGCUCCGUGUCCUUUUGUCUCCUUCACCCACUGCCAGGCCUCUUGUUCCUAGAUAAUGGAACCUGGUUGCCUCAUUCAUGCCAAGACACUCAAUGAUACCCUCUGAGGAAUAUUUGUGUUUUAUCAGAGGGUCUAGACAGACAGUAGCACUUAAGAGAGAAAUGAGUUGUCUAUAUUUGAACUGGCACUUGUGAGCAGUUUGUUGGGAAGGUAUUUAAAGGGAAACACGCUUCCCCUUGAGUCUCGGCCUCAAUGAAUGGCUGAUGGGGGGUUUAGCAAUACAGUAAAAAUUGCUCCUAACAGAAUGCAUGUGCACCUGUACCUGGGACAGAGCUAACGUUCCUGCAGCUGCUGGGGACACGUAGAAAUGGAUCAGGAUAUUUGCCACAGUAGGCCCUGUGGCUGCCACUGACUGGAAGAUUUCUGUGUGACCCAGGGGCGUCAGUACUUGGAACAUAUUAUCCCAUGUAACCCUCAAAACAAUCCCGUGAAGCUGCUGCUUUGUGUAUGCGUUGUACCUAUGUAACAGAUGAGAAACUGCAGUUUAGCAAACAGUAGAACUGGUUCCACAGUCUAGGCUACUCACCAGCUCCAUCCCUGUCAUUUCUAUGAACUCACGUUCCGGAGUCUCGGAAGGACCCAGCCAUAAAAAUUCUGAACGGCAUGGAAACCCCUGCUUCAGUAUUUCAGUACUAAAUGUAGCCUUUCGCUUUUUUUUUUUUUGUCUCCUUCUCUUCCAGCCCAAGAGCUGACAUGUAUUCAGAUUGUUAUGUUUUUAGAAUUUUUGUAGGUCUGUUAUUACAAACAUUACUAAAAAUUAACUUAUAUAUAACCUUAUGAAUAAAUAAAUUCUAUUUAA